UAACAGUCUAGUGUCCUGAUAUUAAUGUGUGUAUAUAUAUAUAAUGCUUUAAGAUCGCGUUGCAAGUACUUAUGAUCAUUAUUUAGCUUCUAGCCUAGUUAUACACAAAUUAUACCAACAGACGUGGAAAUCCAACAAAGUUGUGUUCUAACCUAUUACAUAGAUACACGGCCCAAUGACUGUCACACGCGUUUAGUUAUUGUCGUUGUAGGUUAUAUAUAAGGUUGUGGAGGAAGCUAACCCAGGUCUUACUGACACUUUGGUACAAGGCAGUGCAUCAGAUACACACAUGUAGCCGCGAGUUCACACACAUUCCGUACAGACGGCUGGUCCAACCUAAAGCUAAGAUCAUGACGAUUGGGUCGCAAAAAAGACGUCAUCGCCGAACACAAAGUGAUGGUCAAGACGUCAGGAUGAGGAUAAACUGUCGGAAACAUAGACGUCCUCUCAGCAUACCCCUACAACAGUUCGACUCCAUAGUCCUCAAUGACGACGGAGGUUUGCUGGACGGUGGUCGGUUCCAUCCCAGUCCCUCCCAAGCAUCCAUGUCGGCAGACCUUGGUGAUGUGGCUUUGGAUGACUCGUUUCAACGAGAGGUGGCAGAGAAGACCAAACUCUUUUUCAUAGGAAAGCAGGAGGCGGAAAUAGAGGUUUACAUCGAUAGGAUCAUAGCCCGGGAAGGCAACAAAGACAGAGCAUUGCUGCACGUGGUCUCCACUAUAGAGAAUGAACCAAGAGUGCAAAUGCUAGUCAACACCCUCCUUCAUAGGGGUGCCAACCCCUCGGCUAGUGACCAACAUCUUCGGACACCCCUUCACUAUGCCGUGGAGAAAAACUUUAAGGGUGUGUGCAUUAAAUUACUGGAGCAUGACGCAUGGCCGAACGCGCGUGACCAUGACAACGUUAUGCCAUAUACGAUAGCUUACGACAACAGCAACGACGAUGUAGCAUCUUUGUUGGUACUAUAUAUGCCAAAUAUUGAGGUGAGACAAUUAUAUAUCAGUGAUGGACACAAGGCUUCAGAGUUCAGUUUUCACAUUCUGCUACAGAAAAAUAUGCAAAAAACUGUAUUAGCAGUAUUAGAUUGCAUGAUCGAUCACCGCAGUCCGAGUGGUCACAUGCGUGUGUACUAUCAGGUGCUGGAUGGGGACGAGGAGGGGAGAUCACCUUUACAAGAAGGUUUUAACAAUAAAACCAAGUCACCCCUUCAGGUUCUAGCAAAGGGAGGUAAUAAGAAUAUUGUGUACCAUGACGUGGUUCGUCUCCUGAUCAGACGCAAGUGGAAGGAGUAUGCUAGAUUACGCUUCGAGGUGAACUCUCUAAUCUAUUGUUUGACGCUGGUCACGAUGACGUUCUCGGCGAUCGUUGCUGCCAUGAGCCCGGAUCCUCUGAAGUACGACAUGCCUCUCCAAAUCGGUCGAGGUGUGUGCGAGGCGUGGACUAUUAUCAUUAUACUUAUGACGCUCUUCCAGGAGUCAAACCAAUUCCGAAAACAGCGCCUAGAGUACUGGUCAGACGCCUUUAACUGGAUAGACAUGUCGUCUGCUCUUCUACUUGCCACUGUGGUACCUCUCAGAAUUACGGACAGGUCCGAACAAUGGCCGGUCUUCUCCAUAGGGUUCCUGCUUUGGACGCUCCGCAUCUUCAAAUACGCGGCUGUAUUCAGACAGACAGGUGCUUACGCUCAGAUCCUAUGGAGAAUCUUAGUCCAUGACUUCAUUCAGUUCACCAUUGUGUUCACGGUGAUCCUCCUAGCGUUCAGCGGUUCGUUUAUAUUGUCGCUCCGUGGUGAAGAUUCGCUCAACACAUAUGAGGACACCAAUUCCUUUUGGAAAAUUCUCUUCCUUGGAGUCCGUAUUCUCAUCGAAGCGGAAAGAAUCAUUGAAUACAAUGAGCUAUCGCCGAUGAGUUGCAUCUUGAUGGUAUUGUUUCUGUUCACGUGCUGUGUGGUCUUGCUCAGCAUCCUUAUUGCUCAGCUCAGUGACACGUACCAGCACGUGCAACAGGACGCGCAGAGGGGAUUAGAGGUCAAUAGGGCGUGGAUUGUAGCUCGUGUGGAGCUCAACAGCUUCAUGGUGGGAAAGGAUCACCGCACCAACUACUACAAAGAGUACGAGGAUAUCUGUGACAUCAAACACGUGCUGGAGCGAUGGGAGACCCCGCCACUAAACGAGAUGAACAAAAACAUUCAGGAUAUCUGGGAUUCGCUUCAGUCACACAAACUCAACGUACUCACCGUCCACAACCGACUAGCGCGACAGGAAACAGCCCUCAUCAAAUUACAAGAACAUGUCCAAAGUGUGCUCGAGAUACUACAGGCGAAAUCUAACCCUGCUAGCGGCGACCAGGCCGAAGCAUCUGGAGCUAAUUUAUCCGACGUUUUAUUUGAGAACAAAGAAAAUGACUUAUCAUAAUCAUAUCACUAAUAUUUUCAAACCAAAAUUAUUUUUUAUAUACAAAUUGUCAUAACUGUCUGAUACAUUACAUUAUAUACCGGUUUAUUUCAAUAAACAUAUAUUUUUAA